CGCCAGUGCGACGGCACGCAGCGUGACGUAUUUUUUAUGAGACGGAAGUGAUCAGUUGUAGUCGUAUGAGGUCCUGGUGGUGACUUGUCAAAUCAAGCUGCAUCCAAUAAACUGUAAAACAAAGCGAGCACGGAGCAGGUACUUCAAGGAAUCGCCUUCAUAACCUGAAAGAAUGCACGGACGAAUAAAGAUUAAAUCUACAGCUCAGCAGGAGGAGGAGAAAAGGAAGGAGCGGGAGAAGAAGCUGAAGAUCUAUGUCUCUGCAAGAGACACAUGCUUCUCAAAGGUAACACGAGUUUUAUUAAUUCAAGUAGUAUCUAACCAUCAGGUGCUUUUCUCUUUUCUGUGUGGCCUGUGUGUCUCAUAUUUACACAGCAUGUUCCUUCUUGAUACACAUUGUCAGAGGAAGGAGGGUAUUUUAGAUGAGGAGGCCCUUCAGGUCACCCAGCAGCUACUAUCAUCUAAUCCUGACUUUGCAACUCUCUGGAACUACAGAAGAGAGAUCUUAAUGCACCUGGAAACUGUGAAAGAAAAGGAUGAAGUGCAGAAGAUUUAUGAGGCCGAGCUAGCUUUUCUGGAGUCUUGCCUGAAGUUGAACCCCAAGUCCUAUGGCAGCUGGCACCAUCGGUGUUGGGUCUCAGCCCGUUUACCUCGACCGGAUUGGAGCAGAGAGCUCAGUCUGUGUGAUCGCUGCCUCAGCCUUGACGAUCGCAACUUUCAUUGCUGGGAUUAUCGUCGAAUGGUAGUGAAGGUGUCUGGCGUGCCAGUGGCUCAGGAGUUGGGCUUUACCGAUCGACUCAUUGGGUCCAACUUCUCCAACUAUUCCAGCUGGCACUACCGCAGCACCCUACUGCCACUGCUCCACCCAGAGUCUCCUGAGUCACCUUCACCCUCGCAUGAGCCUCCCCAGCCCUCUCCUUCACAUUCUCCUCAAACGCAAUCUCAUCGCGUCUGCGAAGAACAACUUCUUAAGGAGUAUGAGCUUGUACAGAACGCUUUCUUCACUGACCCCAAUGAUCAGAGUGCUUGGUUCUACUAUCGCUGGUUGCUAGGCCGAGCGGAGCGCGAGGAGAUGAUAAGCUGUGUAUAUGUCAGUCGAGAUGAGGAGAGAGUGGCUGUUGCCUUCUCCAGACCUGUAAAUGCACAGUCUGUCAGCCUGCUGCUGGUCCUGGACGGUCAGCCCCAGAAAGUGGAAUGGAAGAGUGUCCAUCCACGCUUUAAACACAGCCCUGUCUGUAUUUGUGAUCUCCCUCCUGGAACCAUUAGCGAUAUCACUAAUGAGCAUAAUUUGACCGUGCACUGGACUGAAAAGUACACUCACAGAGACUGUGCUCUGUACACAGGUCGAACUGAGAGUUGGUGCCGGGACUCUGCUACAGAUCAGGAGCUUUUUAGGAGUGAACUCUCGGUGGAGAAGACCUCGGUGCUACAGUCAGAGCUGCAGUCAUGUAACCAGCUACUAGAACUGGAGCCGCUCAAUAAGUGGUGCUUGCUAACCAUUGUCCUCCUGAUGAGGGCACUAGACCCUCUGGGAUACGAAAAGGAGACACUGGCUCAUUUCCAAACACUGAAAGAGGUGGAUCCCAUGCGCUCGGCUUAUUACAGCGACUUGUGCAGCAAGUUUAUCAUUGAAAACACCGUCCUGAAAAUGGAGUACGCUGAAGUGCGUGUCUUCAGCAUCACUGACAAGAACCUAACGACUUUGUGCCAUCUGGACCAGUUGUUAUUGGUUACCCACAUCAAUCUGUCGUCUAAUCAGCUGCAGCAGUUGCCUCCUCAGUUUGCCAUGUUGCAAUGCCUGGAGGUCUUGGAGGUUGACAACAACCGCAUAGAGAACCUGGAGGGAGUGUAUCACCUUCCCAAACUGGAGGAAGUCCUGUUAAAGAAUAACAAAAUCUCUGCAUUGGCAGAUCUUCAGCCGCUGGCCUCCUGCCCCAAGCUGAGGCGGCUCGAUCUCCGUGGCAACCCCGUCACUCAGGCGGCCAAUAUCGAGUCAGAGUUAACGGCGCUGCUGCCCUCCGUCACAGACCUUCUGCUCUGAUCGGACGGAGAGCGCAAAUCACUGCCACCGCUCUCCCGUCGUUCAAUCAUCCUCCGCUUCGCUCCAGCGUUUGUUUGGCGAAAGAGCCGUCGGAUGUUUUUCAAGCGUCUUUGUGCUUCUGUUUGUUCCACUUGUUUGGGAGAGUGUCAAUCACAGGCAGCCCUGCCGGUCGGAAGGCCCGAUGCUUCAGAGCAUAUGUCACAAACUCCUAACACCGUCACUGAACUGUCUAGAUUUACGUGUGAGUGUGAAGUAACCACUGUUAGUGUGUGUGUGUCUGUCUGUGUGAUGCAGCACGCACAAAUGCAUGCACAACUACAGAAGUAAAUACUGAGGUGACUGCCUCAACCCUGACUCAAAGCUUCUCUAUGCUUUAAGACCAGUACAUUAGACAAACAGCUUGUACCCGAGGACCACAAUAGGAUGAAUAGGAUGUACGCUACUUCACAUACUGUAUGCAUUUUUUUUUAAUAAAUUCCUUAUGACUCUAUACUGUUGCACAGUAAGUCACAGGAACAGUAAUAAAACAGCACACAUUGUGUCACUGCCUUUCA